CAGUCUCGUCAGUCUCUUACCUGCACGUGACGCGAACAGACAGCCGGUAUCCAAUAUCGCGGUAUUCGUCGUGACAUGUGGCGGUAACGUUAAUUUUAAUCGUUUUUAUGACACGUUUAAGAGACCAAUAUUGCUCAGAUAGAUACGUCACGCUAAUUUCAAUCCGAUAACGUUCGCGAAAUGUCUUCUCAGUCAUGAAUUAGAGCACGAGUUAGUGAGGUUUUAAAUAUAAGAAACGAUACAGAAUUGUACAUUCACAAAAAGUUUAAUCUUUAUAUUAUAAAAAAUCAAUUCCUAUUUAUGAAUAUAUGUGCGCGCGUGUGUGUGUGUGCAAAGGUUUUUCAUUUCCUGCAGACAUCAUAAGAAUGCCAUUUGUGAAAACAGUAUUGUAAUGGAUUCACCAGAAUUGUGCUGUUUUUAAAUCUGUAUCUAAACAAUACGCUCAUUAAAAAAAAAAAAAAAAAAUGGAUAACGAACGAAGACCUCUCAUGGACAAUGGAAGAGUAGUGAUAUCGACGAAAAUCGCUUACGCUCUUGGACACAUUUUUAAUGAUCUUGCAGCUGCAAUGUGGUUCUCCUAUACUUUAAUUUACCUCCAACGAGUCGCAUUGUUAGAACCUAUUGUUGCGGGAGCGCUUCUACUCUUAGGACAAAUCGUAGAUGCCAUAAUGACACCUGUAUUCGGUUUCCUGGUCGAUCGUUAUUGUAAAAAGAAAAUUUGGCAUGCAGUCGGUUCCAUUAUGGUUACUUUAUCCUUCCCCGUAAUAUUCGGUGGUUUUGUCAAUUUAUCUGCCACCAUUGCUAUGCUUUUGUAUGUCACGAGUAUUACGAUAUUCCAAACGGGUUGGGCGGCCGUACAAAUCUCUCAUCUCUCAAUGAUACCCUCGUUAACUAAUUCCGUUCUAGCUCGAGCUGAUUUAACCGCAAUAAGAUACUCUGCUCAAGUUGGUGCAGCCGUGAUGACUUUCGUGGUAACAUGGAUAAUUCUACCAACUAAUGGCGAAUCAAUGGUUCAAUUAGAUCAGCAAGAUGACUAUAAAUUUAGAAACAUCGUCUUAAUUGUUACAACUCUCGGUCUAACCGCGACUGUCUUUUUUCACAUUUUUCUGAAAGCGAAUCUCUUGGAGCAAACAAUAGUCUCGAAACUGAACAUCGAAGAGCCAACCAAACUGUCGGAUGUUUCAAUGAAUCAUCGAAUGUUUUGGAUCGAUAUCCCGAUUUUAUUGAGAGUCGCGAUGCUAUACGUGGCAAGCAGAUUAUUUAUCACUCUUGCUACAGUAUAUUUGCCGUUGUAUAUAGAAGAGACGAAAGUCGGCGGUAAACAAGCGUUGGCCAGCGUGCCGUUGGUCUCGUACGUAUCUUCAUUCACCGCCGCUUUGUUACUCAAAUAUAUCAAUAGACUUUAUGGUACCAAGGCUUGCUACUUUCUCGGCGCUGUAAUUGGUAUAGCCGCUGCCAUUGUUACGGAAUUUGUCGAAAGUAACACAAUGGUCGUAUAUGCUAUCGCCGUAUUAAUUGGUGCAGGUAGCUCUAUCACGAUGGUUACCGCAUUAAGUGUCACCGCCGAAUUAAUUGGCUCUCGAACGGAACGGAGUGCGUUCGUAUACUCGAUCGUCACUUUUCUGGAUAAAAUUAUCACUGGUCUCGUGGUAAUGUUGAUCGAAAAAUGGAGAUGUAACGACAAGGAACUUUGUCCUACUUAUAAUCGAGAUACAUUAUCCAUCGUUUGUGCCACCUCAAUGAUACUGGGACUUAUAACUUUGCUAUCUGUAUCACGUUGUCUAACUUGAAAAAUUAAUGAAUUUAUAUAUUUUUUAUAUUACGUGCUGUUUGUAAAAUAUAUUUCUUAAUGAUACUGGCAAAUGAUAAAGAUAUUUGAUAUUUCUUA